AUGAACCAUGACCAUUCAUACAUAAGAGGUCAAGAUUAUUUUCAUUUGACCGUUAACAUUAACAAAGUGCACUUUGUUUCAACUGUUUUGAGCAUAUCAGGUCGUCUGUUCAAAGUUUAUAUUUAUAUUGAUUAUAUUGAAUAUGAAAUCAUUCGCAUGUUAAUGAUGUUACAACUUGAACACAUAUCAAAUGAAAUUUUUCUUUGUAUCUGGGAUUAUCUGCCAUCUGCUGAUGUCAUUUAUAGUUUUUCAAAUCUGAACAAUNAUUUGACCGUUAACAUUAACAAAGUGCACUUUGUUUCAACUGUUUUGAGCAUAUCAGGUCGUCUGUUCAAAGUUUAUAUUUAUAUUGAUUAUAUUGAAUAUGAAAUCAUUCGCAUGUUAAUGAUGUUACAACUUGAACAUAUAUCAAAUGAAAUUUUUCUUUGUAUCUGGGAUUAUCUGUCAUCUGCUGAUGUCAUUUAUAGUUUUUCAAAUCUGAACAAUCGUUUCAAUUCUUUAUUAUCAGAAUUUUAUGGGCUUUACAAACAAUUAGAUUUACGUGAUUGUUCGUUGGCAGCUUGUCGUUUUCUUUCGAGUGUAGUACCAACUAUGGCUGAAUGGCAUCUGAACCUUACUGUUCUUAAAAUGGGAAGUCGAGGUCGAUGCUCUGAAGUAAAUUUGUUUAUAGAUGGAUUGGUCAAAUCGUGUGGCUAUAUAUCGAAAGAUACUUCUCGUAGUUUAAUGGCAUAUAAACACAUAAAACCGAUAUUUCCUCAAUUGGUUGCUUUACAUAUUUAUUUGCCAAGAUUAUUUGAUGCAUAUGUUAUUGAUACAUUGCUAUUCGUUAUAGCUGGUGGAACAAAAAUGCGUACAUUUAUUUGUGAUACUUGUCCAACUCAAGUUCAACAUUCAAAAACUUUCUUUCAUUGGUUAUUUCAAUGUUCAAUCAAUCUCAUUCGUUAUACAUUACAAUCUUCGCAAACUGAGGAUGGUUUUGAAUUAUCAUACGAGCACACAAUUGUUAAUAAUUAUAUUCAACAUUAUUCUCUUGUUCAUCUCAAAAUCGAUAUUCUCAAUUUAAAUACACUUUAUAUACUCAUGCAUUAUCUCCCUCAACUUUUGCAUUUAGAUGUGAACAUCAGUAGUGUCAUUGGUCGAACUAAUGAUAUUAAUCAAAAUCUUAUAACAAAACUCGAUUAUCCAAAAAAGCUGCGUGUAUUGAUUCUUCGGCAUUUCCAAGUUGCAGGACCCAAUUGUAUUUAUCUUGAGCAACUAGUCGAUAAAUAUAAAAAUACAUUAGAAGAAUUUUCUUUGUUUUUCGUUCAUUUUUGUGAUGGUGAAUUUGAUAUAUGUUUUGAUGGUCAUCGUCUUGCCACUCUUUGUGCUAGAUUAAUUCAUUUACAAGUACUACAUUUUUCGAUUCAAUUACAAUUUCUAGUGCCACCAAGUAGACAGAUAUUAGACGGUUUCAUUAAAGCUUUUCGAACAUCUUUUUGGCUUGAUGGUCCAUUAGGUCAAAUGCGAGUAUGUGUGAAUUAUCAUCGUGUAGUGGACUACGUACAAAUAUUCUCUCUUCCAUAUACAUUUUUUGAUAAUCCUUUAAGUCGUGCAACAGAUUUAAUUGAUACAUUAUUUAAUACUGACGAAAAAAUGCAAGGCAUGACAAAUGAUUUAUCUGUAGUAUUUAAAUCACUUUGGCGUGGUAUGAAGCGUAUUUAUAUGUGUUUUCUUGAAAAGGAAAAAAUACCUAUUUCAAUUUUUCAUGCACUUCAAUGUCCAUCCAGUCAGGGAAAAACAUUGGGAAUACCAGUUAUGAAAGGAAUCCUACCAAAUGAUAUACCUUCUCGCAUACAACUUACACAUUUUACUUCACUUCAAUUACUAUGGGCAUCUGAUACCACGAUUGAUUAUGAUAUUCAACAUAUAAUUGGCUGGAUUCGUUUAUUACCGAAUAUAAAAAUUUUAUUUGUUAGUACACGUGAAUUGAGUUAUUGGAUUACUAAUGGUUAUGAUAAUCAAUAUCUUCAAGCAUUCCUUGAACAUAUAAAUCGCCUAUAUAUAGAUUGUUCAUUUAUUGUAAAUGAACAUUUGAAUGAAGAAUUAAUGAAUCCACUUCUGUCAUUUAUUAUCAAUAAACAACGUUUUCCUCGAUUAGAAUAUCUUCGUUUUGUUGAAUGUAAACAUACUUCAUCAGCGUGGUGUGAUAUUAACAAAUGGAUUGAUUAUAUUCUUACACAUAUGGAUAAACAUCAACUAAAACAUUUAUGGUUUAGUUUUAUUGACAAGGGCCAACAAUUAACUGAUAUGAAGACAGGUGAUGAAAUAAUUACAAAUAAUAAUCCACCAUGUAUUAUUGAUAUUCAUCGAUUCGUAUCAGAAGAUCAUAUUUCGUUUUGGAUGGAAAGGAAAUUCAAAUAG